AUGCACUCUUUCCAUAUAAAAAUUCUAAUUAAAACAAAUACAAAUAUACUGUUUAUUCGUAUGCUCAUUAAAGAAAUAAACCGGGCUAGCUCGGCUCUGGUGGAAAACAAAGAGCGCGCAAUUAUCUGCAGAAUAUGUAAAUCUAACAGUAAAAUAAUAGCAAGAAGAAAUACAAAGUGGAUAACUCUGUGCUUUUUGGAGGUCUUAGAAAUUAAAAAGUACUCAGCAUACGCUGCAUGCUCAAACUGCUUAAAUGCCCUCCCCAGUGACUAUACCAUAUGCAAGCAGUGCACUAAAAUAAUUCCUGGUAAGAAUAUGUACUGUACAGAGUGCCAGAGAGAGUCCUUAUAUUUAAACAAAAAGGGUGUUGGUGUACAAUCUGGUUAGUGCCGUAUACCAUAAACACAGAAAUACUCUAAAUUUAUUCUGUACUAUUAUGAACCGCCAUAUUUUGGUAUGUACACAUAUGCACAGUACACU